GUUGGUCGCUGUAGUUGUCAAUUAUGCGCAGAGGCAGUUGGCAGGGCUGCCCGCGCCUCGUAGCCUCUGCUUGGCAGGUUUUGACUGGUCGGGCAGUGGUGGAUAGAAUCCGGUGGAUUGUUCUUUAGAGUCAUCAUGCGUUUCCAGGUUCCAACCGAACACCUGUAAUUGUCUGUACAUCAAAGCAGCAAGAGCCGUCUGCUUGUCAAGGGGAGGACGCAGCAAGCAAUUGGGAUCAUUCCUGGCUGUCAGAAGGGUUGUCUGGCUAGUCUACUACACUGUUUGUUAAUAUUACUUCUCCUCCUUCCAUUCAUUACCUUUUACUUGCUGGUAAUUGUCUUAUCCCAUCCCAGUCUCCCCUGCCUUCCAAUCCCCUGACCAUCUGAUCUUCUUGUUGUCAGUUUGGUGACCGGCCCCCUGGCCUGGGUAGCUGUCAAAACCUCCUCUUCCUGACUCCCUCUGCCCCUAUCUUCAAAGACUUUACCAGCAACAUCCCCGAAGGAACUGCAGCAGUUCAUUGGCAUCACCUCCAUGCCCUCUCAUGCCCACUCUGUGCUAGAAAGCUUUUAGUGCCAGUGUAUAUGUAUUUAUUGGUGGCUUGGCCUACAGCUGCCCCUGGGUUGUUGGGUGUCUCUCUCCCAGGGUAGUGGAGGAUGUGGGAUGGAUGGGCCAGGCUUUCACUUACUUUUUAGAGCUUGCAUUUUGUGGCAUCUUGUGAGAGGGGGGUGGAAGGAGACAUUCAUGUAUUCAAGAAAAAAAUCUUUUUAAAAAAUGAAAGUAUGGAGUUUUAGUAUUUAUUAGAAAACCUAAGUCCGUGGGGGGUGGGUGGGUUGGGUAUUUUUAGAAUUUUAGUUCUAAACUGUGCAGAGUUUUUAAAUUUUGUGCCAGCAGGGUUAAUUAUUUGUUGAUAAUAUUAGUUUGUUGAGCUGAAAGAUAGGGAGGUUUGUAUAGGAUGAGCUUUCUUCAGGCUGUAAUAAUAGUUCUGUGAUUUUGUAUUUAUGGAUCAGUGACCUGUUAACCGAUCAGUCUAAUACAUUGGAGGACAUUUCUGUGGUAGUCUAUUUGUGGCACUCCUGCCAAUGCAAAAAUGAUGGCAGCGUAUAAUGGGGGUACAUCAACAGCAGCUGGGGGUCAUCACCAUCAUCACCAUCACCACCUGGCUCAUUUGCCCCCUCCUCACCUACAUCACCACCACCUCCAUCCCCAGCACCAUCUGCACCCAGGUUCAGUUGCUGCUGUACACCCUGUCCAGCAGCAUGUCUCCUCUGCUUCCUCCUCAGCUGCUGCUGCGGCUGCUGCAGCAGCAGCUGCUGCUAUGCUGAAUCCUGGCCAGGCUCAGCCAUACUUCCCAUCUCCUGCCCCUGGACAGGCACCAGGGCCAGCAGCUGCAGUUGCCCCUGCUCAGGUGCAGGCAGCAGCAGUAAAGGCUCAUCAUCAUCAGCAUUCUCACCUUGCUCAACAGCUGGAUAUUGAACCAGACCGGCCCAUUGGUUAUGGAGCAUUUGGAGUAGUAUGGUCGGUAACUGAUCCAAGGGAUGGAAAGAGAGUUGCACUCAAAAAGAUGCCCAACGUCUUCCAGAAUCUAGUCUCUUGCAAAAGGGUCUUCCGAGAAUUGAAGAUGUUGUGUUUUUUUAAGCAUGACAAUGUACUAUCAGCACUUGAUAUUCUCCAGCCUCCUCACAUUGAUUAUUUUGAAGAAAUGUUUGAAGUAUUUGCAUUCUGCUGGCAUUUUACAUCGAGACAUCAAACCAGGGAAUCUACUUGUGAACAGCAACUGUGUACUCAAGAUCUGCGAUUUUGGAUUGGCAAGAGUUGAAGAACUUGACGAAUCUCGUCAUAUGACUCAGGAAGUUGUUACUCAGUAUUACCGUGCACCAGAAAUCUUAAUGGGGAGUCGUCAUUACACCAAUGCUAUAGACAUUUGGUCUGUAGGAUGCAUCUUUGCAGAGCUUCUUGGACGAAGAAUAUUGUUUCAGGCUCAAAGUCCUAUCCAACAGUUGGAUUUAAUCACAGACUUGUUGGGAACACCAUCACUUGAAGCUAUGAGGACAGCUUGUGAAGGUGCAAAGGCUCAUAUACUCAGGGGUCCUCAUAAACAGCCAUCUCUUCCUGUCCUCUACACAUUAUCCAGUCAGGCCACUCAUGAAGCUGUACAUCUGCUGUGCAGGAUGUUAGUCUUUGACCCAUCAAAACGGAUAUCGGCAAAAGAUGCCUUGGCCCACCCAUACCUGGAUGAAGGUCGUCUACGAUAUCACACCUGCAUGUGUAAAUGUUGUUUUUCUACAUCUACGGGCAGGGUCUACACAAGUGAUUUUGAACCCAUCACAAAUCCAAAAUUUGAUGACACAUUUGAAAAGAACCUUAGUUCUGUACGGCAGGUGAAAGAAAUCAUUCAUCAGUUUAUUUUGGAACAACAGAAAGGAAACAGAGUGCCACUCUGCAUUAACCCUCAAUCUGCUGCUUUUAAAAGCUUUAUAAGUUCCACUGUGGCUCAGCCAUCAGAGAUGCCGCCAUCUCCACUGGUAUGGGAAUAAAAUUGAAAGACAUACUACUGAAGAUGACUUGUAGCUUUCCACUGGAGUCUUGGAAUUAGAAUUUUGGAGGUUGAUGAUGCUUGUACUGUAAUUUUACUGAUUAAGAUUUAAUUUAUCAACCACUAUAUGUAAAUUGUAUAUCCUAGAUAUGAUGGUGUACUAGUGACUUUCAGUCCUAUGAAGUCAGUGGUUGUACUUCAGAAAGAAUUUAACUUAGAAUUGCCUAUUUUAUUAAUUAUAAGCAGUUUUAAGGCUCAGAACAAAUUAACAAUUGCACCAAAUUUGUGGAAUAAAUGGGUUUUAUAGGCUGGUUCUAAAUUUUUAAUAUUAUUUUAUUUAUUUUUUUAAUUAAAGAGAGACUGUGCAAAACAUUUUAUACUGAGCCAUUCCUAAAACCUCAUUUCUUUGCAAAUAGAAAUAAUAAGAAUACAGUUAUUAUCUAGAGACCAAUGAUGAAGUACUUCCUGGGGAAAAAAAAGAAAAAUCCUACAGAAUGGUAACAUUAUAAAUUUAUCAGGUUCUUUAAUUUGAGAGGUUUUUUAAAUGUUAUUGUUUUGUUUAGGUUUUCUUUUUAAACUAGAACUGCACUGGAGACAUUUUGCUGUUCACAUACUAUAAAGCAGAAGGUUUUGUGGUUAGAUUGAGUGCAUCUGUGAUUAGAGGGAAUUGAACUAUGUUUUCUUCCCAGUAUAAAUAUAUAAAAUAUAUAUUUAAUCUAUUUUUCUUAGAUUUCUUUUUCUUUAAUAUGUUUGAAGUUGUGGGCAUGUCUCAGCCAUCUCUGUAAAUAAUUCCAUUGGCUGAUUUUAAUGGUCAUUUUCAUGUCCAGCUGUACAAAGUGAGCUAGCUUGCACAAUUUAGCAAUUUUAGAUUUUUUUUUAUUAUGAUUUUCUUUUUUUUGGGGGGGGGGGGAUUUGCCCCUUUUCCCUUGCACUGGACAGAUAAAAAGUGAGGAACAGAUAAUCAAAUUCUGAAUAAAGCUGACUGUAGGGACUAACUUUCUGUGUUUGUGUACUUAAACAAGAACAGCUGUUUAAGUCUUGAAAUGUCACUCUAGAAUUUUUUUUUUUAAUUUUUUAUUUUUUUUUCUGUUAAAACGCUGAAAAAAAACCUGUGUAUAUGUAUAUACAAACACAAACUGAAGGCCUCUACCUCCUGGAGUUUACAACUAAGCUUGUUUCACUCCAAAUUAUUAUUUUUUAGGUUCAGUGUGCAGACUUGAAACUUGAAUGUUCCUUCCAACUUUUAUAUGUAAGCAUUACAAUAAAGCAAAUUAAAGUCAAUUGAAGAUUACUUUUCAUCUCUGUUAAGGAUUUUUAAUGGAUUAACCUUGUAUGUAUCCAAAAAUCAAGGCUUUGAAUGGAGACAUUGGUAUAUGCAAUGGACAUUUAAUUUAUCUUAAAAGAAAAUUAUUUUUUAAUUUUUUUUUUAUUUUAUUUUUUAUUUUUUAUCCUGAAUGAGCUGGAUUGUAUUAGGAGGAUACUAAACCAAGGAUUUUUUUUUCCUAAGUUUUAUUUUUGGGACAUUUAACUUCAAUGAAGUAAUUUUGCUGUGAAAGACUAUAUAUGUUUAAAUUCUCUGUUUUGGCGAUGAUAAUCAUCGUUUUUUUGUUUUCUAAAUUGCUCUGUAAAACCAAGAUAUUGCAACUGAACUAUUUCAGCUCAGCUGUUUGGCAAAAUUUUAUCACCAGGCAAAUCAUACAAAAGAUGGAAAGAAAAACCAAGGUUUGAAAGGUUAUAUCUUCGAAGAUGAUAAUAUGACACAAUUACUGGUCACUUUGUAAAAUGUAGAUUUGAAGUACAGUGGUGAACAUAUUAAAUGUGACAUUUAAAAAAAAA